AAAUACCCACAGAAUUUCCUGUUCAGGUUAGUAUUUGACAUUUACACCAUUUUCCCACAAUCUCGUGGGGAAGGGCUUAUAUGGUGGGUGAGUUUGCGACAAAGUUGGGCGAGGCGGCUUUGAGCUUGACCUGCUGUGGAAUUUGACUCUGUAAAUGGUUUCCCCUGCUACAAUCUUGGGCUUGAGAUUAAGUCAUGGAUUUGCAGAAAUGGAUUGCUUUCCAUAUCUUCUUGAGUUUAAAUCUUGUUUCCAUAACCAUAGCGGAUAUAGGUCCCAAUCAUGAAUACCAUGAAUGUGGAACCAGAGGGAGGUACACUCAAGACAGCACAUACAGCAAGAACCUUGACACACUCUUGUCAUCUCUCUCAAAAAAUGUAAAUGAAUAUGGAUUCUACAAGGGCUCUGUUGGGCAAGAUUCAGAGAGGGCUAGCACUAUUGUGCUAUGCAGAGGGGAUGUUGAACUGGAUGUACGUCGUAGCUGCAUUAGUGAUAAUGCUCAGAGGAUUAAACAGCGCUGUCCUAAUCAGAAGGAGGCAUUCCAAUGGUACAACAUCUGCAGUAUAUAUUACUCCGAUGAAUCCAUCACAGGUUCCUUGAGAACCACUCCUAAAGUUGUACAAUAUAGUAACAUCAGUUAUCUGUAUCCUGCUCAGUUUAGUGAAGAUUUGACAAACAUGGUAGACCGCCUAAGACAACAAGCGGCUGAUGGUGGUCCAUUCCUCAAGUAUGCAGCUAAUAGUUCAGCUGGACCAGACCUCCAGACCAUAUAUGCAUAUGUGCAGUGCACCCCUGACUUAUCCCAUCAAGAUUGCACCGACUGUCUAAGCACUGCUUUCACUCUAUGGUAUAAAUCAAAUGGUAAUGGCAAGAUAGGGGCAAGAGUACUAUGUCCUAGCUGCUUUUUUCACUAUGAGAAUAGCAGUUUCUUCGGUGCCACACUGAUAAAAGUGCCCCCCUCUGCACCUCCUCCUCCAUCACCUCCAUCGCAUCGAAUAGCUAUCGUUAUUGUAGUUUCAACUGCCACAGGUCUGAUCAUGAUUACUAUUUGCAUUUUUCUAAUGCAGAAAAGGAAAGCCAAAAGCUAUGCAGCAAAUGUGGAAGAAUCUAGCUCGGGUGAUGAAAUUAGUCCUGUAGAGUAUCACCUGAAAUAUGAAUUGAUUACCAUACAAACUGCAACAGAUAACUUCUCUAAAGCAAACAAGGUAGGAGAAGGACGUUUUGGUGCUGUAUACAAGGGUAAACUUGAAAACAGACAGUUAGUUGCUGUGAAGAGGUUGUCUGAAAAUUCAAGGCAAGUUAAUCUAGAAUUGAAAAACGAGAUGGCUUUAAUGGCUAGGCUUCAACACAGGAAUUUGGUGAGGCUGCUUGGUUACUGCCUGGACGGAAGGACGGAGAUUCUUGUCUAUGAUUUUGUUCCCAAUGGUGGCCUUGACAGCAUUUUAUUUGAUCCUGUAAAACGUGGAUGUUUGGAUUGGGGGAGACGCUACAAAAUCAUAGAGAGCAUUGCCAGGGGGCUUGCUUAUUUGCAUGAAGGCUCUCAUCAUCGCAUUAUCCAUUGCAAUCUCAAAGCUAGUAACAUUCUGCUAGAUGUGGAUUUGAACCCAAAAAUUGCAGACUUUGGCAUGGCCAGGUUGUUUGCUUUAGACAAGACCCAUGGCUCUACAAGUGCAAUCAUGGGAACCUAUGGAUAUAUAGCACCAGAGUAUGCAUUGUAUAGCCAAUUUUCUGUUAAAUCAGACGUAUACAGUUUUGGAGUGUUAGUCCUGGAAAUUAUAAGCGGUCAGAAAAGUAGCAAUUUUCAAAAUGGAGAAUCUAUAGAAGACCUUCUAAGCUAUGCUUGGACACAUUUUAAAAGUGGUGCUGCUUCAAAUGUGAUAGAUCCGAUGUUGAGAGCUGUCUCAAGUCCAGUGCAUGAGAUAACAAAAUGCAUCCACAUUGCCUUGCUUUGUGUUCAAGAAAGUGUUGUAGAUAGACCAACAAUGUUUGAAGUUCUUCAAAUGCUAAGCAACUUAUCUAUGAGCCUUCCAGUACCUUUAGCCCCUGGGUUUUUUAUUGAUGGAAACGUAAAUACAGAGGCUUCAAGCCAGUUUACAAAAAGUGAGAUGUCAAAUAGUAGUGAUCAAUAUCCCAGGAAAAUGCAGAAGAGUAUUGCAAAUAGUUAUGCGAAAAUUAGUGCUCUGGAGUCUCUUAAAUAUGAUUUCAAUACCAUAACAGAUAACUUCUCAGAAGCAAACCUAGUGGGAAUAGGAACUUUGGGUCCUGUAUACAAGUGUAAACUUGAAAACGGACUGGAAGUUGUUGCAAAGAGGUGUUCUGAAAAUUCAUGGCUAGGUAGGCAAGAGUUUAAAAAUGAGGUGUCUUUAUUGGCCAAGCUUCAACACAGAAAUUUUGUGAGGUUGCUUGGUUCCUGCCAGGAAGGAAAAGAAAUGCUUCUUGUCUAUGAAUUUGUUCCCAAUGGUGGCCUUGACCAAUUUUUAUUUGAUCCUAUAAAGCGUGGAUAUUUGGAUUGGGGGAGACGCUACAAAAUUAUAGAAAGCAUUGCUAGAGGGCUUGUUUAUUUGCACGAAGACUCUAAUCUUCGCAUUAUCCAUCGCAAUCUCACAGUUAGUAAUGUUCUGCUAGAUGCAGAUUUGAAUCCAAAAAUUUCAAACUUUAGCCUUGCCUGGUUGUUCACUUCUGACAAAACCCACGGCUCUACAGACCAAAUUGCGGGAACCUACGAAUAUAUGGCACCAGAAUAUUCAUCGCAUGGCCAAUUUUCUGUUAGAUCAGACGUAUAUAGUUUUGGGGUGUUAGCCCUCGAAAUUAUAAGUGGACAGAAACAUGGCUAUUUUCAAAAUGGAGAAUCUAUAAAAUCCCUUCCGAGCUAUGCUUGGACACAUUGGAAAAACGGGUCUUCUUUAAAUGUGAUAGAUCCAAUGUUGAGAGGUGUAUCAAGUCCUGUGCCUGAUAUAAUUAAAUGCAUCCAAGUCGCGUUGUUGUGUGUUCAAGAAAAUGUCGAAGAUAGACCAACAAUGGGUGAAGUUGUUCAAAUGCUAAGUAACUUAUCUACGAGCUUCCCGGUACCCUCAGCCCCUCCGUUUGUCAUUCCUAGCCGUGUAAAUUCAGAUGCUUCAAUCAAUGAGAUGUCAAUUAGUGAUGAUGAUGAGUAUGCCAGAUAGCUUUCAAAGUGAUACCAAACUGAUCAAAGUAUACAUGUAUACAAGAGCUUCAAAGUAUGAAUAUGUGUAAUGCAUUAUUGGCUUCAAAUGUAAAUAGAUUGUGUUGAGGAGUAGAUAAGUGCAGUGCAGUAAAUAAUAAAAUGCAUACGCAUGCACUUCUAGUCUUCUAUAGACAGUCACCUUUAUCUAUCGUCUUUGUUACCUACAAAUUAUGUCACGUCAAAUCCUUAUUGUUGAUGUAAAUUUUAAUAAAGUUAUUGCCUAGUGCCUAAAAACAAUAAUAUAAUUGGUAAAAGUAUUAAA